UAAGCAAAGCAAUUUUAUGUUUUUUUGGCAGAUGGGUUGGUGUUCAAUGCCUCUCUUGAUUGGCUCAGUCCUUUUAUUAAGGAUGAGGCACCCUCUUUAUGCACAUCAAUUCAGAUUUAUCCUUCUCGCUCCCAAGUAACCUUUCUUAAGUAAAUCCUUUUUCUUUCCUUCUUUCUUUCGUUCUUAUCAAUGGCAUCAUCCCCAAAUAAUGAAAUCGCCCUCAAAUUCAGGUUCUUUCAGGUCUACAAAGACGGCCGUGUUGAAUUAUUCUAUCCACACAACAAAAAGAUCCCACCGUCUGAUGAUCCAGUCACUGGAGUCCAGUCCAAAGAUGUAGUUAUCUCAUCUGAACCUCAAGUCUCUGCCCGUAUUUUCUUGCCAAAACUCAAAGACCCCAACCAAAAACUCCCCCUCUUACUAUACAUCCACGGAGGUGGAUUCUCAAUGAAAUCUGCCUCUUCUCCUGCCUACCACAAGUUGUGCAACCAAGUUGCUGGUGAGGCUGACUUUAUAGUUGUCUCUGUGGAAUAUGGUCUCUUUCCUACCCGACCCAUACCCGCAUGCUACGAGGAUUCGUGGGCUGUGCUCCAGUGGGUGGCAUCACAUGUUAACGGGAAUGGACAUGACCCAUGGCUGAAUGAUCAUGCUGAUCUUGGGAAAGUUUUUAUUGGGGGAGAUAGUGCUGGAGGUAACAUAUCACAUACUUUGGCUUUUCGGGUCGGGUCAAUAGGGUUGCCCCGAGGGGUGAAGGUUGUGGGGGUGGUUAUGGUGCAUCCCUUCUUUGGGGGUACCAAGGAUGAUGAAAUGUGGUUGUACAUGUGCCCCACUAAUAGUGGGCUGAAUGAUCCUAGGAUGAAUCCGGGUGUAGAGGAUCUUGCUAGGCUCGGGUGCGAGAGGAUGUUGGUCUUUGUAGCUGAGAAAGACUAUUUGACUGUUGCAGCUAAGAAUUAUUAUGAGAAGUUGAGGAGGAGUGGAUGGAAGGGAACUGUUGAACUUGUCGAGAAUGAAAAGGAAGACCACUGCUUCCAUUUGCUUGAUCUCGAUGGUGACAAGGCUCGGGAAAUGAGGCAUAAGUUUGUCUCGUUUCUCAAACAAGACCAGUUCAAUCUUUUGUAAAAAUUUGUUGUCUAUUGUCCUGUAAUGGAAGUUUGUAUCCUCUUUUCAUUUAAUAAUUUAAUGCAAGACGCUUAAUUGCAGUUUA